CAUGCUUGUCAUUUUUAUAUCAUUUUUUUGCUAACCUAAAAUGUUUUAUCAAAUGACUUGAUUUUGCUAUUUUGAGUAUUUUUUGUGGUUAUUUUUAUAAAUUUACUAAACUAAAUCUCGGUUGUGUCCUCACACGUCCCAGUACGUGCUUAAGAUUUUUUUUUGCGUUACAAUUUUAUAAUGAUGACUUCGCGUUAAAGACAAAUGGAAAACGACCCGAAUAACACUACGGCGGGUCGCGAGACUGGGCGGUGCAUGUCGGUGGCAGCGAUGCAGGCGCUGCACCGGCUGCGCGAGUGUCGGUUGCUCUGUGACGCUAUUGUGCGCGCAGACGACGGCGCCGCUUUUCCCGUGCACCGCGCCAUACUCUCUGCCUGCAGCCCAUACUUUCUGGCUUUAUUUACAACAACGCUGCAUUCACGCGAGCAGAGCGAUGUAUUGAUAUCAGGUGUACGCUCCGAAAUCCUGCUCUUGCUGAUAGAGUAUGCGUACCUUCGCCGCAUUGAUGUCACUGAUAACAACGUCCACGAAUUACUCAUGACCGCCGAUUAUCUCGCCUUUCUCGGUGUUCUACAACUUUGCUGUAAUCACCUAAUGACCUCAUUAAAUUCAAAGAACUGUCUCGGUAUAAUGAUGUUUGCUAGACGAGUGUUUUGUUAUAAAUUAGAGGCAGAUGCUCGUAGAUACUUGCUGCGAUAUUUUGUUACGGUGGCAAUACAAAGUGAUGAGUUUCUCCAUCUGCCACUCGAAGAACUGAAUUCUAUUAUUCUCGAAGAUGAAUUGAAUGUUAAAAGUGAAGAGGCGGUAUGGGAAGCUGUCUUGCGAUGGGUCAACUAUGAUCCUGAUAUACGCUGGCAACAUACAGUGAAAUUAAUGGGUAGCAUUCGGCUAGGGCUGUUGGAUACGCAAUUCUUUUUGGAAAACGUAAAAGACCAUCCGUACGUCACUGGCAAUGAAGGUUCACGCCCAAUAAUUAUUGAAACUCUAAAAUUCCUUUAUGACCUGGAAAUGAUUGCUCAGAGAGAUGGUGAAGUGGCCACUCCAGAGAUAGCUCGGCCACGAGUACCACAUGAGGUCUUAUUUGCUAUCGGUGGUUGGAGUGGCGGAUCGCCUACAGCAUUUAUAGAGACCUAUGAUACUAGGGCUGAUCGUUGGAUCAAGGUUGAAGAAGUUGAUCCUGCAGGUCCUCGAGCAUAUCAUGGAACCGCUGUAUUGGGUUACUGUAUUUACGUCAUAGGGGGAUUUGAUGGAAUGGACUAUUUUAACUCAUGUCGGUGUUUUGAUGCAGUUACAAAGUCAUGGCGAGAGGUGGCACCAAUGAAUGCACGACGUUGUUAUGUUUCUGUAGCGGUACUUGGAGAGACGAUAUAUGCAAUGGGGGGAUACGAUGGUCACCAUAGACAAAAUACAGCUGAGCGAUUCAACCACCGCACCAAUCAAUGGUCACUUAUUUCUCCUAUGAAUGCACAGAGAUCUGACGCAAGUGCGGCAGCACUCGAUAACAAGAUUUACAUUACUGGUGGAUUCAACGGUCAGGAGUGUAUGAACAGUGUAGAAAUGUACGACCCGGACACAAAUCAGUGGACUAACCUCGCGCCGAUGCGUUCGCGCCGUUCCGGAGUCUCAUGCAUCGCAUAUCACAACAAGAUUUAUGUAAUAGGUGGGUUCAAUGGAAUCUCUCGUAUGUGCAGCGGCGAAGUGUAUGAUCCAGUUGCAAAUACCUGGGCUCCAGUACCCGAUAUGUAUAAUCCUCGAAGCAAUUUCGCUAUUGAAGUAAUUGACGAUAUGAUAUUUGCUAUAGGUGGUUUUAAUGGGGUCACUACCAUAUACCACGUGGAAUGUUAUGACGAGAAAACUAAUGAGUGGUACGAAGCGACUGACAUGAACAUUUACCGGUCAGCUCUGUCCGCAUGUGUGAUUAUGGGACUGCCGAAUGUAUACGACUACAUACAUAAGCACCGUGAACGUCUCAUGGAAGAGAAACGGCAAAAGAUUCUGCUGUCGGAAACUGCAAGGCACGGUCAGCACCGCACCGCGCUACCUGAUGUUCGCUUGAUAGAAGACAACGACGACAUGUUAGAGCAGCUUGGUUUGAUGGAAAACCAGGCGGCUAACAAUGUACCAGCACCACCGCCACCGCCACCGCUUCCUCUACCUCCACAACCAAUGGAACAGGAUUGAAAAAUCUGACUCUGUUACCUAAUUCAUCGCCCGUUACUUUGAUGUAUCUAAUUAAAACACCUUGUUGUUGAACGAAGUACGAGUUCCUCCUAGCUUGUUAAAUACCACAUAAUAGUCAAUAAAUGUAACGGUAUAGUCAAGUUAAUAUUAUCUGUUUAAAAUUACAACGUAACAGUAUUUUAUUAUAUUUUUAAAUAUUUACAAUUAUUGUAGAAUUUUUGGCUUAUUUAUAAUAAUGUUGUAAUAUUUUCAUAAUGUGGAUCAUUCCAGAAUUUUUGGAAUAGUUUUUGAAAAUUGUAUAAAAUUUUUCUGAAGAGUAUAUUGUACUUAUUAAAACUGU